UGUGUGCAUAAUCCAAUAAAGCACCACAAAUUACAUCUUCCAUACGAGUCAUAAAGUUGUCAGAUGCCUUCAGGAUAUUACAUUUACCACCACAUGAUCCAAAGUAAGGCAACAAACUUUUAUAAUUCAGAAUCUGGAGCCUUUCUUUUUAAAAAAGAAAGUUUGAUGCUCGGAAUCAUUGCAGUGAGUCACGCAGUUACAUCACUGAGUUAAUUACAAAAAUAAGUCUCUUCAGAUAAAUGUUGCAUUUACAGAGGGAUUGAUUCACAGGACGGGGGGGAAUCCCUUCAGCAGAUUUAUGUGUAUACAAACACUGCAGCGCCACACAAUUUAAUAAAUCUUCUCAUGUGUAUUUCUGUGUGGUUGUGUGUGUGUGGCACGUGUUACAUAAGUCAGCUGCACAGAUCUUAAUGCUGCAUUGAGAAUAUAGCUGAAUCGAAUGCCCUCCUCUGAGAGGCCAGUGUGUGUGUGCGCGCAUUGAUACAUAUCUGAGCAGACGGACGGGUGGCUAUAAGCUGCUUAACCCUGCGCUGACUCAGGUUCAUUCAAUUUCUCUGCUCCUUAACAAGCGAGAGAAGCUCUGAUCACCGUUUCUGUGUUGGUGAAAUGAUUUCCGUUACUGAGGAACUUCAAAAGUAAAAAGCUGUCAAAACAGAAAGGCGGGUUCAGCUCAGCUCACAAAUCUUUGUUAUAAGUCAGAAACACGGUUUGCACCCAUGUGGAGGAAUCUUAACCUUUGAAGUAGUUUGCUAAUUAGAAACAAAGGCACGUGUCACCCUCUUGGUUAUAUUUUUGACACUGAUGCUGUAUCUUCUCUUGAAAAACUGCAGGUUUCAGUGCACAUCUCUGCAGUUAUUUCCAGAAACGUCACUUGUUUGAUCGUCAGCACCCUUCUAGCAGCUGUGAUUGGUGUCACGCAGGUGACAGGUGCAUUCCUUACUAAUCCAAUUUCCCUCCACCCUCCGGCCACCUCAGCAGUCCUCAUGGUGGAGUUGGUGGAGGAAGCAUCACGCUCAAAAUGAAAGGCCUCAUAUUGUGUGUUUUUGCCAUCAUGAUGCUCACACCUGCUCAAGGUGAGGAAAAGGAGCAGGUAGAGCAGCUCAUGGAGUCAGUGGCAUUCGAAGCGGAGGAGGAGCAUCUGGAGUGCUUCCGCUGUGAUUUAGGCUUCUGGGAUGCCUGCUACACGACUGAAACCAAAUGCAAUCUCGGGGAGCGCUGCUACACAGGCCGGGGGAGGGCAGCUGAUGCUUUGGAUAUAAAGAUGCUGGGGUGUACCCAGGCAGAGGAGUGCGAGGUGGAGACGACCUUCGAGAUCUUUCCAAACAACACCAUCUUUGUGAUGACCAAACACUGUUGCGACACGCCCUUCUGCAACUCAGCGAGCAAACUUUCCAUCUGUGCACUGAUGUAUAUCACAGUGGCUCUAACCACUUGGUUUACUGAAGAAUCAGCGUCAUCAUAAUAAAGUGAACUUGUUUAUUAUUUAUUACAGACUGUGUGAUGUGAUGCUGAAAGGACUUCAACCAUACGGUGAAGAAAAACCGCCAGAUUUACAGAACUUUUUUAUGACUGACUAAGAAGACAUUGGAUAAUUAAAGCAUAAAAGAUCAUUUAUUAUAUAUUAUAGAAACGCUGUUUGGUGUUACAUUUCAUAUUUUUGAAGUGUGAAUACGGUACUUAAACAUAUAAAA